UCCUGCAGCAGCAGCAGCAGGUUGCCUGCUAGCCGCGGUGUAGUUGUAGGAUGCUGCUAAGAACGUUAUGUCUUUUCCACCGCUUGGUCACCUCAGCGUUAACCAGUAAGCUGAAGAACCUCCAAACUCUCUCUAAAUAUGUGGUUUAGGAGCGGAUGAACGCAUCUUUUUCAGACUACCUGUUGUGCCAGGGUUAAAGAUGUCGGUGCCAUUUUGCGUACUGGUGUUCCUGUCAAUGCUUCUGACUGGAUCAAUGCAGACUGGCCCUGAUGCGGACCCGUACAAAAUCCUCGGUGUAACCAGGACCGCAAGCCAAACUGAAAUCAAGAAAGUCUACAAGCGUCUUGCAAAAGAAUGGCAUCCAGACAAAAACAAAAGUCCAGGUGCUGAGGACAUGUUCAUCAAGAUCACAAAAUCUUAUGAGAUUCUUUCUAACGAAGACAAACGUGCCAAUUAUGACCGCUAUGGUCAGACUGAUGACACCCAGCCCUAUGGCAGCGGGCGCUACGGCCAUCCCCACAACAGCUUUUACUUUGAUGAGACUUUCUUCAACUUUCCGUUCAACAGCAAGAACAGCAGGGACUUUGCUGACAGCAAAUACACGUUGCAGUUUAACCAGUAUGUCAACGACGUGGUGCCCGAGAGCUACAAGAGACCGUACCUGAUAAAGAUCACCUCGGACUGGUGCUUCAGCUGCAUCCACAUCGAGCCUGUCUGGAAAGAGGUGGUGCAGGAAAUGGAGACUCUAGGCGUGGGGAUAGGUGUGGUGGAUGUGGGUUAUGAAAGACGGCUAGCCAAUCACCUCGGAGCUCAUCGCACUCCAUCGAUACUUGGCGUCAUCAAUGGCAAAGUGACAUUUUUCCACUACGCUGUAGCAAAGGAGCACCUGAGGCAGUUUGUGGAAGAGCUUCUUCCUCAGAGACUUGUGGAACGGGUGACUGACAAGAAUGGUAUGCAGUUCUUGAACAGCUGGCAGGAGCUCAACAAACCACACGUCCUUCUGUUUGACCAACUGCCUGUAGUUCCUCUAAUAUACAAACUGGCUGCUUUUGCCUAUAAGGACUACUUGCAGUUUGGCUACGUGGAUCAGGGCCUUUCAGAGACCGCCAGUCUGCAGAAACUCUUCAAUAUUAACACUUAUGCUCCAACCAUGCUGGUCUUCAAAGAGAACACUGAUAAACCAGCUGAUAUCAUCCAGGCAAAAGGGAUGAAAAAGCAAAUUAUUGAUGAAUUCAUAUCCAACAACAAAUUUCUUCUUGUGCCACGUCUAGUCAAUCAGAAACUUUUUGAUGAACUUUGCCCCGUCAAACAGUUCCACCGACGCAGGAAAUACUGCGUCCUGCUGAUCACCGGUGAUGAGGAGAGCUUUUCUUUUGGGAAUCAGGAGUUUCUCUCCUUUGCCUCUGCAAACACCAGGGAAGUGGUGAGAUUUGCAUAUGUGUACCAAAAGCUGCAGCAACCACUUUGUGACACCCUCAUGCAGAACAAAGAUGGUGUACAAUCACCUCCACAGGUAGUGAUCCUGGAGAGGCGUAAUGCUGCGGGGAAGGCCUUGUUCAAACCAGUGUCUGCCUGGAACGGCAGCGAUGAAGACAAACGGCAUCUUCUGGAGGAGUUAGAGCGACUGCAGAAGGACCCUUCCAUCCUCAGCCAAGACACCGUGCUGCCUGAGCUCAACAAUGAGUUUGCCUCUAUGUUUAUAAUCCGAUGGAUCUACGCGUCUUACGAUUACCUCUCUGACGUCAUUGAUGACAUUCUGCACAACAACUGGCGUGAGAUGAUGCCUCUUCUGUCUCUCAUCUUCUCUGCCUUGUUCAUCUUGUUUGGAACUGUAGUCAUCCAGGCCUUCAGUGACUCAAGUGAAGAUAAGCAGACAAAACCAAAGGCAAAAGAUGGAACAAAAGUAGAAAAUGGGUCACCGGGUAGUGCUUCAAGUCGGCCUCCCAAGAAGAAUUUUGUGGAGGUGACAGAGUUGACAGACAUCACGUACAUCAGCAACCUGGUGAAACUGAGGCCAGGACACAUGAACAUCGUGCUGGUGCUCACGGACGCUUCGAAGAACAUCCUCCUGAGCAAGUUUGCCAAAGAGGUCUACUCCUUCACAGGGAGCCUGACACUGCACUUCUCCUUCCUGAAUAUUGACAAGCACAGUGAGUGGAUGGGCACGCUGCUGGAGUACGCUCAGGAUGCCAUGCACAUCGACGCGGAUGAAGACGACAGAGGUGACCACAAGGUGGACUACACCGGGUACGUGUUGGCACUUAACGGUCACAAGAAGUACCUCUGUCUGUUUAAGCCCGUCUACACUGGUGAAGACCUUGACAGCAAGUCGUCCGAGGAUGAAGGGGGGACCUCGGGGGUAAGACCGAGGUCCAGCUCCCGCGAUGACCACCCACCACGCAAAUCCAACCGAUCCCGUAACAUAUCCACCCUGCAGAUCCACCAUAAACUGGACCGUUUGGGGUUGUGGAUGGAAAGGCUCAUGGAAGGCACACUGCCUCGGUAUUACAUCCCCGCCUGGCCCGGACUCGAAAAGAUCACUCCAGGUAAAUAUGACCAAGCAGGACAAGCUUAAUGUAUACUGAGGCACUAAAAUGACUAGAAUACUGCAGCUUUUUUUUUUUUUUAACCAGAGAUAUUUCAUAGCUAAUGAUGUCACUGGAGUGGGGUCAAUGUCACAUUGUUUGCUUUUAGUAAACACUCUGGACUGCUCUCGCUGCAUGCUGUUUUUAACAUUCACAUGUCUUUCAAACAUUCAAAGGCUGCUGCUGCAUAAAACAAAACCACUGUGGACGACACUCCUCGGUGCCCACCUCACAUGCUGUUUUCAGGCCUGAAACACACCAGAUGUGUUUGUGUGUGUGUGCGCGUGCGUGCGAGCGCACGGUGACUGUGUUGCAUGUUUAUUUUCAUUUCAACAGCUGUGUUAACAUACUUCACCUUCUGCUGUGACCAUAUGAAGGAAGUGUCGUAGACUUGUCUUACAUCACGGCUGCCGCAUCCCUCUGGUGCAGUUGUUCAAAUUUUUUCCGACCAAGAACCACUUAACCAAUAAAGAGAAAAACACCUAAUUCCUCAUAUGUUCAAAAACUAUAACAAAUUACAUAUGCGUUGCUAAUAUUGAAAAUAAUACAUAUAUGCGCCUUAUCUAUUAGAUUUUGUCAUCAUUUUUAAACAGUCUAAGAAAUAUUUUUCAGUUAGAACAUAUUGAUUUAAAAUGAGAUUUUUACCCGUAUACUCACUGACCACUAGGUGUUACUCAGAGCACCAGUGGUCUGCAGAGCGCUCACAAAGGCUUCUCUGGAGAAAACAGCCAGUACCUAGUUUUCAUGCAUGCUGUGAGCAAUACACAGCAAGAACUGAGACAAAUGAUGUGACAGUCAUUUUGACAUCAUACCCGCAACAUUAAAUAAUUAACUCUUUUUUUUCUUUUUUUUUUAAACAAGAGUUUGUGACUGAGUACGAGGCCCCAUUCAUCAAAAAUAUAAACUUUUUACUCUUUUCAGUGCUUAUUUUUAGUCACAACUGCUGUUGGGUAACAAGUCACUUCUCUAGACUUAAGUUUUCCAAAUGCUUCUCACCUUCAAGAAUAAAGGAUAUGAAUCAUAAAAAUAACAAAGGAAACAUUAGAUCAAAAGGUGAUCUUAUUUGAAUUUAUAUCUAUAUUUUUUAAGUUAUAUAUUACCACAUUUUCAACGUGUGCUUUCAGAAAUGUGCUGUCAGCUGACCGCCAGUAAGUACAGCUAAAUAUGCCGCUUACACUUGCACGCACAAAAAGACCCACGCUGAGUACAUGCUGCAAAAUCACGUACAAAGAAGAAAUACUGGGAGAAAAUCAUUGCCAAAAUGAAAUAAAGUGGCAAGAUUGAGCAUCGACGUAUCACUCCCAGAUGUAAAUACAGACGUGUGUGUGUUUAAGCGGCAGAGGUUGAGUGGCUCAGACAUCAUGUGCGCACACACACAACCAUGCCAAUGUAAACUGACUCAGUCUGUGUUAAGAGAUUCGUGUCUCUAGAGCUCAACUGAACAUUUUUGACAGCUGUACACACAUUUUCUUGAGUUGAAAAGUUUCUUUUUGAAUGCUGACUUGCUUGUGCAAUAGCUAACUGCUGUAAGGACAAAAACUUUGUCACCCUGGAGCUAAAAGGUUUCUUUAUGGUCUUUCAUGAUCAUAGGAUUGCAUAAAACAAGAAAAUAUGUUUAUGUUUGGCAGUAGAGGCUUUGGAUUAAACUGGGGGAGGUGAUGGUCUAGUGGUUAAGUGUUGAGCUUCAGACCAGAGGAUCCGCAGUUCAAAACCCAGCCAGACUGGCAAAUUGCUGAGGGCCCUUAAGCAAUGUCCUUAAUCCCCUAGUUGCUCCCCUGUGUGUAGUGAGUACCUUGCAUGGCAGCACCCUGACAUCGAUGUGUCUGUGUGAAUGUAAGGCAUAAUUGUAAAGCGCUAUAUAAGUGCAGUCCAUUUACCGUUUAAACUGAAAUGAACCACAAGCUAAUAACUAAUGUAGCAAACAAGCAAACAUUUGGUUGUCCAGAACAUGCUGUCCUGUCCAUUUCCACCACUAGGGAGGUCAUGUUUUUGUCUGCACCUGUUCAAGGGUUUUACUAAAA